AUGUCGCUGCUGCCGCGGGGCCGCUGCCGCGGGGCCGCCGCUUCCACGGCCGCCCGGCGGCUGCUGCUGGGGCCCCAGGGACGGGUCUCUGGGAGCCAUGUGUGUCACCAGUACAGAACAUCAGGUUCUUUGCCAGAGGAAAAAAAAGAGUUUCUGCAAAAUGGACCAGACUUACAAGACUUUGUAUCUGGAGAUUUGUCAGACAAGAGCGCGUGGGCUGAGUAUAAAGGCAAUUUAAAGCGUCAGAAAGGAGAAAGGCUGCGACUUCCUCCAUGGCUGAAAACAAAGAUUCCCAUAGGAAAGAACUACAAUAAACUAAAGAAUACCUUGAGAAAUUUAAAUCUUCAUACGGUAUGUGAAGAAGCACGGUGUCCCAACAUUGGAGAAUGCUGGGGAGGUGGUGAAUAUGCUACAGCUACAGCUACUAUUAUGCUGAUGGGUGACACAUGCACUAGAGGUUGCAGAUUUUGUUCAGUAAAGACAGCAAAAAAUCCACCUCCACUGGAUCCCAAGGAGCCUUACAACACAGCAAAGGCUAUAGCUGAGUGGGGCUUGGAUUAUGUUGUAUUGACGUCUGUGGACAGGGACGAUAUGCCUGAUGGUGGAGCAGAACACUUUGCAAAGACAGUCUCUCAUCUGAAAGAAAGGAAUUCAAAAAUCCUGGUAGAAUGCCUAACUCCCGAUUUUCGAGGGGACCUUAGGGCUGUGGAGAAAGUAGUGUUAUCGGGACUGGAUGUGUAUGCCCACAAUGUGGAGACGGUGCCAGAAUUACAGAGGAAGGUCCGUGAUCCCCGAGCCAGCUUUGAGCAAUCCGUACGUGUGCUGAAGCACGCUAAAGAGGUCCAGCCCGGUGUCGUUUCUAAAACCUCCAUUAUGUUGGGGCUAGGCGAGACAGAUGAACAAGUGUAUUCCACAAUGAAAUUAUUGCGGGAAGCAGAUGUAGAUUGUUUGACCCUCGGACAGUACAUGCAACCAACAAAACGUCACCUAAAGGUUGAGGAAUACAUAACUCCUGAAAAAUUUAAGUACUGGGAAAAAGUAGGAAAUGAUCUCGGAUUCCAUUACACUGCUAGUGGGCCUUUAGUGCGCUCCUCCUAUAAAGCAGGUGAAUUCUUCUUGAAGAACUUAGUAGAAAAAAGAAAGACAAAAGCCCUUUGAAAAUGAGAGUGAACCUAUUUAAAGCAACCAGCUUUAAGGAUCCUUUUUUUCAGCACAUAAUUACACUCAGUUCCAGAAAUGCAGAAGACCAGAUGGUGGAUGUAUGAAUAAACUUACUAUCUGCCCAGAACACUUUUCUCUCACCAAAACACUUCACAGCAUUUUACCUAAUUCCUUCUGGCAAGGCUACAGCUACAUAGUACUUUUAGUGUUCAGCAAAGAGGCAUUAGAUAAAUAGAACUGAUUUUGAAAGAGUGAUGGAACUGAGGGGGAAGAAAUGCAAGCUGAAAAAAAUUGAUAUAUUUAAGUAAACAGGUUUGAUACUACCAUCACUAUUGCUACCGUUAGGUACUUGUAAAGAUGCUAAUAUCAGUAUCUUCUGAAUUACCUGUUAUUUUGUUGUAUCUUACCAUUAUGUAACACAAGCUUGCAGGGACUCUGGGAAAUAGAGGAGUUCUGAAGAUUGAGUACAUGAUGAAGGACCAUAUUAGGGCUAUCUUGCACCACACCAGAGAAAGUAUCAGUAAUACUCCUUCAAGAGAUGGUAUCUCUUUACCUGCAUCUUAAGAAAAUGAGCUGUACUAUACUGUCAGCUAAUGCUUUUCAGGUGCUUGCAUGUCUCAAAGUGUGAGCCUUGGUAAACACAAAGUAUCAAGUUGAAGAAAACAAGAGCCCUUUUUGGCAAGACAAUUAACCUUGUGUAGAUACCAUGUAAUUUAAACUGUAUGGAAAAAAAUCAGAGUUGCCAUAACAGCCUUAGUAGAGCCACCCCUAAUUUGGUUAUAUGACUGUAACAAACCCUACUGAGUUGCACAGGUGCUUCUUCAGUUUUGGGUAUGCAGAACUGCUGCUAUUCUGUACUGUGCUUCUCCACAGGUAUUGUCAUACCAUUAAAGGAAACUUAAAAACCCAGUCUAACAAACAGUGUCGUGGUUGUGUUUGAUUGGUCUGGUUACCUGCCCCCUCAAGACCUGGUCUGGCUGUUAAAUCUGAAGGCAGAGAAGUGAACUGCACCAUGGAUGAAAUGUGAAAUCCAUUACACAGGGUACUAAGCUCAAGCAGAAAUAAAAGCAUGGCUUAGGGUAUACUAGCAGCUGUAAGUUCUUCUCUUUACAGUCAUGGUAGUUCAAAGUGCUUCUCUCCCUAAUAAUUCUCAGUUGUCUAUGGACAUUAGAUACAGGUUUUGAAGUGGUUUAAGCUGUAUCUUUGUGAAGUUACUUGGGAAACAUGCCAGGAAUUUGUUAUCUGGUCCCAAACUCUUAUCAUGGAAGUAAUCCUAUGGCUGGCUAUAGCACUUGUCUAAAUUACUGUAGUCUAUACAAAGAAGAGUGAACCCUCUGCCACCCUCAGCAAGAUGACAGAAGUAAGGCAGCUAAUUAGCAAGUUAAUAUACAGGAGAAAGUUGGUAUUGUCAUGAACAACAAAAAUCAAAUUGUACCACUGAGGCCAGUGAUGGACAACUGACACUUCACAAAAUGAAGUAUAGCAAUAUUAAAGCAUUAUGAAGACAAAUAGUCUUAAGCCAGAAGGAAUGCACUAAUUAAACAGUAUAAUGGAAGUGUAAAUUAAGGGAAGAGAAACCUGAGCCAUGAAGAACAGAGAAACAGAAGUCUUAAUAGCUGUACUUUGUAAAGGCAGAGAGGAGGGCAAGGC